AGUUCAAAAUUCUCCAGGACAUCACAAAUGCAGGGUUACCGAUUUUAAUUUUUUUUCCAAACGUGCCCUUCCGCUCGCAAUGCUUCGCUAUUUUCUUUAAGUCCUGCUAUAGCUUCAUUUACUUUUGGAGACUUUUUUGUUUUCGUGGGAAAAUAAUAAUAUAGGCUGCUUAACGGAGGGAAUCCAGCCCAUAUAUUUAGUCUAGCCGGUGAGAAAAAAAUCUCUUCAAUAUCCCCCAAGAUGGCCGCCGAUGUGGGAUCGAUGUUUCAAUAUUGGAAGAAAUUUGAUCUACGGCGGCUUCAGAAAGAGCUCAACUCGGUGGCCUCGGAGCUGGCAGCAAGGCAAGAAGAAAGCGAGCACUCUCACAAGCAUUUGAUUGAACUCAGCCGGGAAUUCAAGAGAAAUGUACCAGAGGAAAUUCGGGAGAUGGUGGCACCCAUCCUUAAGAGCUUCCAGUCCCAGGUGGUAGCACUUAGUAAACGAAGCAAAGAGGCUGAAGCCGCCUUUCUGGGUGUUUACAAGCAGUUCAUUGAAGCACCAGACCCAUCUCCGGUGCUAGAAGCUGCCCACAGUCUGGAGGAGAGGCUGCAGCAGCUGCAGAGCAGCGACCCCGAGAGCCGUGCCCUCAAAGAGAUCAGCCGGCACUGGAGGAGACACCUGGAGCACCACAGCAGCCAGGUGGAGACGGAGGAAGGGCUGGUGGCUGAGCCCUCGAAGCCCCACCCCAACAGAAAGGCACUUAGAGCAGGAGAGACCCAGCUGCUGAACAAUGAGAGCAAGAAAGAAAAAGGGAUCGAAGAAGCACAGAUCAGCUUGGCAGCCAGGCUGGGGGAAGCAGAAGAGAAAAUCAAGGUCCUUCACUCAGCCCUGACAACAACCCAAACAGAGCUCCUGGACCUGAGGCGUAAAUAUGAGAAAGAAGCAGCUUCAAAAGCAAAAGAAGUGGGAUUGAUCAUGACGAAUCUGGAGGAAGCAAAUCAGAGAACAGAGACGGCACAGAGGGAGGUAGAGAGUUUACGAGAACAGCUUGCGACUGCAAACAGCGCCGUCCACCUGGGCUGUCACACUGCGGAGGAGGCCAGGGGGGAUAAGCGUGAGUCUCGGUGCUCAGGGUCCCGUUUGGAAGCCGCACUGGCAGCUAAAGACAGAGAGAUCAUCCAAUUACUGAAGGACGUCCAGCGUCUGCAAAUCACACUGCAGGAACUCCAGGAGAGCUUGGCCAAUCAGGUUGCAGGGAUGGAACGUCAGCUUGCAUACAAGACUGCAGCUAUAGAAAGACUUGAAGCAAAGUUACAAACACAGGUGGAUUAUGAAGAAAUUAAAACAGAGCUCAGCAUACUCAAAGCAAUGAAAUUCGCUUCAGCAAACAGCAGCUCGUCACAAGACACAUCAAAAGCUGCAGAGGGUUUGCAGCUCGACAAAGAGGCCUUUCUUCCAUCUCAGAAGUACCUGCUUGAGAAAACCAGUCUCUUACAAAGCAAUGAGGAAAACCAUUCUCAAGAGGAGUCCUUGAAGGAUUCUCUGGGCACCUCGCUGUCCUACCUGUCCCCCCUGAAAUAUCCACAGCCCCUUCUAGACGGCCCUCCCUCCCCUGGCUCUGGACCGCCUUUGCUGACCCCUGAUCUCCCUCGCCCCUUCUCCGUCUCCCCCUUCUCCGGAGACAAGCUCCCUGUGGACCCUCUCCUCCAGAAGAAGCUGCUCCCCCCGCUCUACAAGAAAGACAGCGUUAGCCUCAUGGCCUUCCCCACCUCUCUGUAUGCGGCCAAGGCGGCCAUCGUGUCAGCCAAUCAGAGCCAGGCAAUAGCCAGUGGCGAGGCAGGGCCUCCCAGCGACCAAUCGGAGAGCGGAAGCUCCACCGCUGGGGACGAAGAGCACCUGGAGACGACGGAGAUAGCCUAUCAGGUGAAGGAGCAGCUGCUGAAGCACAACAUCGGGCAGCGUGUGUUCGGACACUAUGUGCUUGGUCUGUCGCAGGGCUCUGUCAGCGAGAUCCUCGCCCGGCCCAAACCCUGGAGGAAGCUCACCGUCAAGGGGAAGGAGCCCUUCAUCAAGAUGAAGCAGUUCCUGUCCGACGAACAGAACAUCCUGGCACUGAGGACCAUCCAGGUCCGGCAGAGAGGAAGCAUAACUCCAAGGAUCAGGACCCCGGAAACGGGAUCAGAUGAUGCCAUUAAAAACAUCCUGGAGCAAGCCAAAAAGGAAAUUCAGUCACAGAAAGGGAGCGAUGGCAAGCCCUGCUCCGUAGCCACCUCUGCAAGCAGCAGCAACGGUAGCAGCAGCAGCAGCAGCUCAGAUGACACCAUCAAGAGCAUCCUGGAGCAGGCGCGGCGGGAGAUGCAGGCGCAGCACCAUGCCCUGCUGGAAAUCGAGUCCUUCGGCCGGGGAGCAGUUCCAGCGCCGGAGGGGCAGGGGGAGCCGGGCAAGGUGCUCCCGCUGCCCGCCUACGUCAAACAGGAGGAGGGGGGCGAGCUGCCUGACUCUGUCUGUGGCGGCACCAUCUCAGGCAGCAGCCAGACCCCCCUCAGCGUGCUGUCCCCAGCCGCGUUCGUCCAGAAUAUCAUCCGCAAGGUGAAGUCAGAGAUUGGGGACGCAGGGACUUACUUCGACCAGCACUGGUCAGCCGAGAGGGGCCCUGUUAGCAGCAUGCCCCGUCCCUUCACUUCCGUCUCCCCUUCCCUCUCGUCCUCCUCCUCUUCCGGCUACUCAGCCAUGCCCAGGCCCUGGCCCCGCGCCGAGAAUGGAGAGAGCCUGCCCAACAGCGAGGAGGCCUCAGCAGCCGAGGAGGACCAGGGCAAGCUGGUGGAGGUGAAGUCCGAGGUGGAGGCUUCUGGCAGCGGGGAGUCGGAGAGCCUGGGCCGCCUGUCCUACUACCCGUCCUACGUGCCUCGCACACUCAAGCCCACCGUGCCCCCGCUCACCCCUGAGCAGUACGAGCUCUACAUGUACCGUGAGGUGGACACACUGGAGCUCACGCGGCAGGUCAAAGAGAAGCUGGCUAAGAACGGCAUCUGCCAGAGGAUCUUCGGCGAGAAGGUGCUGGGACUGUCCCAGGGCAGUGUGAGUGACAUGCUCUCCCGACCCAAACCCUGGAGCAAGCUGACCCAAAAAGGCCGUGAGCCCUUCAUCCGCAUGCAGCUCUGGCUCGUGGAUCAGCUGGGCCAGGGACUCGUCCAGUCUGUGAACUACACCCUCGAUAAAAGCCCACUGCAGGCCCGGUCGUCUCCCUCACCCCCUCUCAGCCCUGUGGAGGACCAGCCCAGCCCCCAGGGGGAGCCGAUGAGCCUGGCACUGGAGAGCAGCAAGGAGAACCAGCAGCCAGAGACCCAGGCCUCCUCACCCACUCUGCCCAGCCACCUCCCCCACCAGCACCACACCCCGCUGGGCAUCCAGGAGCUGGUGGCCAUGUCCCCAGAGCUCGACACCUACUCCAUUACCAAGAGGGUCAAAGAAGUGCUGACAGACAACAACCUGGGGCAGCGGCUCUUUGGAGAGAGCAUUCUGGGUCUGACCCAGGGAUCAGUCUCUGACCUGCUGUCCAGACCCAAGCCCUGGCACAAGCUGAGCCUCAAGGGGCGUGAGCCCUUCGUCCGCAUGCAGCUCUGGCUCAACGACCCACACAACGUGGAGAAACUGCGCGACAUGAAGAAGAUGGAGAAGAAAGCCUACCUGAAGCGGCGGUAUGGCCUGCUGAGCACAGGCUCCGACAGUGACUCUCCCAGCACUCGCUCAGACUGUGUGAGCCCCUGCCUGGCGCCAAGCGACUUCGGACACUUCAGCCAGUCCAAGAAAGCGCGCGUGGUGCUGGCAGCCGAGGAGAAGGAAGCCCUGAAGAAGGCCUACCUGCUGGAGCCCUACCCCUCCCAGCACACCAUCGAGCUGCUGGGCUCUCAGCUCAGCCUCAAGACCAACACCGUCAUCAACUGGUUCCACAACUACAGGUCUCGCAUGAGGAGGGAGGUUCUGCUGGAGGGUUACCAAGACAAUGACACGGAUCCAGAGUCCAGUAGCUAUGGUGGGGGCUACCCCCACAGCACCCCCACCCCACACAGCCCCGACUCAGACAUGGAGGACAGGAAACCCGCCGUGUUCCACUCCCGCAGCAAGGGCUGCGGCCUGCACGGGGAGACCCUGGUCAAAGUGAAGCAGGAGGCGCCGGAUAACUGUGAGGGAGAGGAGGAAGAGGAGGAGCAGGUAUCCACAGCCGUCAAGUUCCCCUGCCUGCUGAAAAAUGAGGAAGAGGCCGACGACUGCCACAAGAGCCUCCGGGAGGAUGGGGCACUGUGCAAAACUCCUUUGGGAACUCCGGGCUCCCUGCCCGAGCCGGGCCAGUCCGUUUCCAGGCAGGAGAGUGAGGAGAAGCUGGUGUCAGACCCAGUCAGCUUCAAGGCUGCCUCUGAACCUUCUCGCAGCAGCCUGGAGGUUUCUCUCAACUCCCCCUCGGCAGCCUCCUCACCCGGCCUCGUGAUGUCAGUCUCACCCGUCCCAUCGUCCUCCGCUCCCAUUUCACCCUCCCCGUCCAACGCUGCCACGAGCUCAGACCCCUCGCCGCCUGAGAACCCCAAAUCCAAUAAGAACACACAGCGGCGAAACGAGAAGAUGGCAAACCUGAACAACAUCAUCCACCGGCUAGAGAGAGCAGCCAACCGAGAGGAGACCUUGGAGUGGGAGUUUUGAAGAUUUUUUUUUUUUUUUUUAAGUUUUGUAAACUUGAACUCUCAAAGAGUUUAUUGGAUCUUGGAAAGCUCUUGAAGAGGAUUUCUUUGAUUUCCUUGCCCCUCAACUUCAACUCUUAAAUACUCUCCCUUUUGGAAUACAGUAUCUAAAAGGAUCACUGUUUUAACACUUAAAAGACUACUCAAGAAUACUUUUAGAAGAAAUUAUUUAUAAACGUGUCUUAGGUAUUUUAAUAAAGGAUACUACUUUGAGAUAUAUAAUACAGCCCUAGCUGUGGUUUGUUUUAAAAAAAAAGAAAAAAAAAAUCGAAAGCUGUCACAUCAAGACUUUUGCAGCAAAGUGUCAUUAAAUGCGCACUGCAAGUCCUGUAGUUUGCCACUGGAUGAGAUUAAAAAAAAAAAAAAAGACGAAGAAGGAAAAAAAAGACUUUUGUCUUAAGCCAUCGAACAAAAAGCACUAUGAUUAUAAAAAAUAAGACUGACCAAAUUUGCUAAUUUUUGAAUAGCAAUUUUUCAUAUUUUGUCUUUAAGACAUCACAGUUACAACGUCAAUUAAUGUUUGAAAUAAAAAAUAAAUGAUAUGAAUAAUAAUGAUGAUAAUAACAUUAAUAGACUGUGUGCUAGUCCUGAAGACUCUAAAUAGACAACAUCACGUAUGUAUUUAGUUUAUUGGUGAUAUGUUUUGAAACAUUUGUAACACAAAGAAGUGUCAUGUGGUUGUACAUGUUGUAGAAAUGUCUGCAAUAGCAUUUUUUUCCAAAACAAGAUGUAGCAUGGUACCUUAAUACCCCUGUUAUCCCCAAUAGUUAGUAACCUGUGAAAAACAAAAAGUGAGAAAAAAAAGGAAAGGCAGUAAUCUAAAGAGUAGAACCUUAGUAAACUUGCUUUCAUUUCCUUUUAGGGAAUAUAUUAUGGUUCUCAUAGCUGCCCUAGCACUGCCCGGUCUCAGAGAUGAGGAGCAGGCAAUCUGCAGUGACUGGAGCUGAACACUCAACACACUAAAGCACCUUGAAGUGAAAUCGCAUUGGUUCUAGAACUCUCUAAUGGAACACUCACUUUUCUAUGCACCAUUAUGGUCAUUGUCACCAUUAUGGUCAUUGUCACCAUCAUGGUCAUUGUCACCAUCAUCGUCAUUUCCCCAUUUUCGAUUUGCAAACUAGGGGUUGCAUUUAACAUGCAUCUAUAUUGACAGCCCAAGUCGUAUUUUGAAAAAAUACCAAAAAAGAGGCUGUGGUCACUGUAUUGGUGAAUAUUUUUGUGGACCACUGUGCAGUAUAUAAGCGCUAGAGCGGUUAGUUGUCAAAAUGGGUUGAAGCAAACAUUUUAUCCCAGCUUGAACGUGAGCCGUCUGUAUCCCAGGCUGCAUCUCCGCUGGGGCCACAGUGCUAUACAUCCUUUAGGAACUGGCUAAAUAACUACUGAUUUGGUGUAAAGAGAAUAGGGACUUAUUGGUUGAUGGGUGCAAGGGAUAUCCUGAAGGCAUCAGUCAACACACACACAGUGAUCCUUGUAUAAGUUUUUCUGAAGAAAAUCCAUGGCUAAUAAUUUGGAAACUAGGAAUAGUUAACAGAAUCCACUAUAACACAACUCAUGAUACAUUACUUCUGCAAUCUGAGGCUGUGCUGGGUUUAGAUACAUUAUUUAGGAAGUUUUAAAGGUUCUUUACUCUCUGAUCAAAUAAUAUACAAGCCACUCUGUAUUCUAAAUGACUGACAAUUUAAAGUGCUCACGUUGCUCCACUUAUCUGAAAAAACUACAUUUGAUUAUAUAUAAACAGUACAUAUAUAUAUAAAAUAUUCGUUUUGAUUUUUUUUUUUGAAUGCAUUGGCAACAGUGAAAUGGAUUCUGGAUGCAAACAUCCUCACAGUUCUUGCCAUGUAUUAGUAGCAGUUUUCUCAGGGUAACCUCAACUCAACAUGAAUAGCUUCUAUAAGUAAGGGACACUGUAUAUUAAAAUGGCAUUGUGCUUGAACACACAGUGUAACGGUGAAUCAGUAAUCAGAUUAGCUUCAGCAAUUGUGUAAGCAGAUCCACAUUCACCUACAACAGAAUGGCACUCAAUUAGAAAAACCUCUUGCAUUGACUAGAACAUUCCCCCAUAGUGUGUGACUUAGCUUUGCAUUAUCUAAAACCAGAAAUCCAAAACCCUGAAGCAGUGUACACUAGUCGAAACUUUACUCUACUUGAAGGCUUUACCUUGUGUUUUGAAGCUAUGGAUAAAGCACUGUUAUUUAACCAAACAAAAUGGGCGCUGCAAGAGGAGUUGUAAUUAUUGAGUGCCUGCUGUGUAUUAAAGUCUGGAUGUGGCUGUGUACAGUAAAUGAUCAAAACCUGUGGCAUAUCCAUCUGGAGGUGGGGGUUCGGGCAAGUUAUUAGCUAUUAGUUAUUAAUCCAAAAGGAAGCUACUGUUACAGUGCCCCUAACGCACCCCCAUCUCCCCACGCUCAGUCUGGCUGCACUGCAGAUUCACAUGCAAAAAAUAGAAAAAGAAAAUUAAUAUACAAAUAUUUUGCAAUUGUAAAUUCUUGGAAAUGUGAACACCUGUGUUUAUUUUGGUCACCUGCUUCUUUCUGACUGGCCUCUUAACACUUGCAUUGUCCUUUGGUCUUAGUUUACCAUUUGUAUCUGCAUGCAAGUCACUGAGAAGUCCAUUACAGAGGUGCAUUCAGCAGGAUUUACCCCAGCACUUGUACCCCGUUUGCACUUGACGGCUGCAGCUUGGUGAAUUAAUGAAGGUUUUGACCCUUGGUUUUUAUGACUUGCCGCUGGUGCCUCAAUAAAACACUGUUAGACAAAAGAGCAAUGACCAGCCCUGUUUAGUUACACAAUUCUGUUACACAGUUGUGUACAUUUAGUAUUAUUAUUUGUUUCUAUUAAUUAACUUUACCAUGUAGAACAACUGAUACAUGGUGUCCUCAGAGGUGCCAUAUGUGCUUCCUAUGGCUCUCGCUAGAUGGCAGCACCGAGUAUCACGCCAGUAGAGGAGUAGGCUUUCUGGUAUUUUAAAAUAUUGAAAUCAGUGGAUUAGUGUAUGAAAACAAAAAAUGGAUAUAAUAUAUUAUAUAAGAAUAAUUAAACAAUACUGAUAAUCUUAUCUGACACCAUUUCUGCCUGAUACAAGCCAUCUGAUACAAAGAAAUGUGUGUGUGUCAUUAUAUAUAUAUAUAUAUAUAUAUAUAUAUAUAUAUAUAUAUAUAUAUGCUUUUGCCUUCCAAAUUUGUCUAAAUUGGUCUAUUUUUUGAUUAUUUUUUUAAUGCUUUUUAAAAUAGAUUUUAAAUAAUGCUGGUGACAUUCUGCCUCUGUAAUACAGCUGAAGUUAUAAGCUGCAGGGGAAAAAAAACAGUCUUGAAUCUGUCAAGUGUAAAAGGGGGUAUUACACGAUUUUAUCAUCUGUUCAGAUAUUAAAUCCUGCUGGGCUAGGUCCCUGAAUUGCCCACUCACACAGACACCUUGCAUUGAAUACAUCACUGUAUUGUGUUUCUGGUUUUUGUUGAAACUGUUGCAUAAACUAAGCUGGCCUUUAAAGACUGUAAUUAUUGCUGUCUUCUCCUUUGUCAAGCGUAACAGACAUGCUGAGAAUGCAAUGUCGCCUUUACCCAAGGCAUUUUGUUUUUUCUAGAGAAUCAAUAAUCCUGCUGUUUUUAAACUGUGUUUAAAUGAAGACAGUAUUGACCUUGGGUAGCCUUACCGCGCUGCUACUGCUGUGUCCCAGUGAGCUCUGGACUCAACCCAGUAUCAUAGUCAGUGGUGGAACUGGGAAUCAUCUUCAGACCUCCUGGCUCCCAGUCCAAAUCUCUAACAAUAUAAACAACGCACCAUAGGAAAAACAUAAAGCUGUAAAAAUGGUAAUCGGAAAUAAAAAUCCUAAACUACAUUGUAUUUAACUAAACAUUUACACUGUUUUUUUUUUUCAUUAUUUUAUUACAGUAUCUUGGUACUUGAACUGAAUAAUGUAGGCGACAUUUCGAAUUUGAAAUAUAUAUUUUAAAUUACACAUGUAAGACCAUAAAUAAUAAGUCUACUUCUUUUAUAGAAAAUAUUUCUGACAAGUUUAAAAGUUAAGCACUCAUUUAAAAGAAAGGUUUAAACUUUUCAUAUAUUAGAUGUAUAAAAAAUUGGUUUUUCAUGCAUGACAUUUUUAUUGUGAACAGCUCUUAUAAGAGUAUGUUUGUUUGUUCGGUAUAUAGUAUUGGCACAUAGUUUGGCUCCACAUUUUUGGUUCGUCUGCACAUUCUGUCGUAAUUUUGUGGCUUAAUUCACCAGUAUGCUUUAAAGUGUUGUUUCUAUCUAUAUUCAAUAAUGAAAAUGUUGAAAUCCAGUCCCGUUUUUCAAAUAUCAUCAUAUCAGUAGGCUGGCUGCAUCACUAAAGUGUAGUAGCAAUGACAAGUAUACCUGCCUGGGACCCUGCAUUGUCUUAGUUAGUUUUUUUUUUUUUACUGUUAUUUAGCUGCGAGAAUAAAGA